AUGGCCAUGCGUCCAUCAAUAAUAUGGACGGCACUCUUGCUGCCUUUGCUGUUCCUCGCCGAUAGCUUCCUGGCCCUCCAGCCGCCAGCGACAUGCCAGCAGAAAUGCGGCAGCGUGGACAUGCACUUCCCGUUCGGCAUCGGGGACGGCUGCUUCCUGCCGGGCUUCGAGAUCGAGUGCACCACCGGCGGCACGCCGAUCCUCGCGGGCAACAACAACACUCUAGCGGUGCUGAACCUGACCGUGAUGCCGCGACCGGAGGCCGAGGUGAUGCUGCCCAUCGCGUACAAUUGCUACAACACCACCGACGGGACCAGCUUGGAUUGGUUCUAUGGCAGCGUCGGCAUCAGCCCCGCGUACCGCAUCUCCAACACCAGCAACGAGCUCAUCGUCCUCGGCUGCAACACCUUUGCCUACACCAACAGCGGGCCGGGUAAAAAACACUACUUUUUCUUCUACACGGGGUGCGUGGCCUACUGCGACGGCCAGGGGCGGGCGGAGGACGGCGCUUGCGCGGGCAUCGGCUGCUGCCGCGUCGACAUCCCGCCGGGACUCACGGACAACACCAUGACAUUUUUCGCUUCCUACACGGCAAGUACUUUUUUCGGCUAUACGCACACGGGCCUGACCUACAGCCCCUGCGAUUACGCGUUCAUAGUGAAGAAGAACACCUACGACUUCCGGGUGUCCGACCUCAAAAUGGACACCAAGACCACCAAGCCGCUGGUGCUCGACUGGGCAAUCCGCAACAUCGAAGACGGCAACAAGACCUGCGCUGAGGUGAAAAACAAGCCGGGGUACGCCUGCGUCAGCGACAACAGUGAGUGCCUCGACUCCUACAAUAGCGAAGGAUACAUCUGCAAUUGCACCAGCGGCUUCUGGGGCAACCCAUACCUUACCGGCGAGGGCGGAUGCCAAGGCAUCAGUCUAGGAGUAUUCCUACUUAUUGUCGCUCUCCUCCUAGCAUUCAUUAUGCUCCAAAAGAGAAAGCUGGAUAAACUUUUUGAAAAGAACGGAGGCGAGAUGCUAAAAAAUGUGAAUGGUCUCUCAAUUUUCACAAAAGAUGUACUGAAGAAAAUCACUAAAGAUAAUGCAGAGUUUCUUGGAAACGGAAGUUUUGGUAAUGUGUACAAAGGAACUCUUCCUGACAAUACCAUGGUGGCCGUCAAGGCAUCGAUCAAGGUAGAUGAAGCUACAAAGGAGGAAUUUGUUGAUGAAGUUGAGAUCCAGACACAGAUGAUCCACAAGAACAUACUAAAGCUCGUUGGUUGCUGCCUAGAGGUGGAAGUUCCAGUGUUGGUGUAUGAGUUCGCAGCAAAUGGGAGCCUCCAAGACAUCCUGCACCGCAAAAAGGAUCAAGUACUCCCCUUGGAUUCACGCUUGGACAUUGCAAUUGGAUCUGCAGAAGGGUUAAAAUAUAUGCAUAGUUAUGCAACUCAUGCCAUGAGACAUGGUGAUGUCAAGCCAGACAACAUACUUCUGGAUGACAAGUUGACACCAAAAAUCGCAGAUUUUGGGUUGUCCAAACUACUGAAAGAAGAAUAUUAUGCCAAGGUUGUGGUUGGGUGCAUGGGUUACAUAGACCCAGUAUUCAUGAAAACUGGCCUUUUGACACAGAAGAGUGAUGUGUAUAGCUUUGGAGCAGUUUUGUUGGAGCUCAUUACAGGGAAGAAAAAUGUUUAUGAUGAGAAACUUAGUCUCAUUAUUGAGUACCGCAAAGUUUAUGAAAAGGAAAGGAGUGGGAGGGCAAUGUUUGACAAUGACAUUACAACCGAAGAAGAUAUCUCCAUCCUUGAAGAAAUGGGAAAGCUAGCAAUGGAUUGUCUAAAGGAAGACUUAGAAGAUCGGCCAGAUAUGACAGAGGUGGCCGAACAACUGGUGAUGAUUAGGAGAAACAAGAAGUUUGGAAAAUCAAACAAUACAAAUCCUGACAACAUUGGGGAUAUUACCAUAUAUAAUUCUCCUACCAACACCAACACAGAGGUGGUUAGUGGAACUACUAGGGCCAAUAUUUCAGCCAAGGUAACUCCUAGCAACAUGGACAUCCUUCCUAGUCCAUAG